UCGUAAAAGUGAAGCUCUUAUCUCUCUUCCUCUAAUGGCUUCAUCAUCAAACGGAGAAAACCGUCGGUUCUUCAUCUCUUUACUUUGACCUAAACUAUAUGACUAUAAUUUCAUCACUUGAUUGAUGUUGGCGGAUGUAAAUGUUUCAAAAUUAGUUGUUUCCCCUGUUUGGUAACGAGUAUGGCGGGAAAUUGGAAGAAUCGAACAGAUAAAGGAGGAGUUGUCGGAAGGAAGGAGAAGAAGAUAGAGGAGCCACUCAGCCGUUGUGUUCGUCCUCACGAUGAAUUGUUUAGCUCUGAUUACAUUUUGAAGAAAGUUUUCCGUAAAGACGGUCCUCCUCUUGGUGUGGAAUUUGAUUCUCCUUCGUCUUCUGCUUUCGAGCUUCGAGAGAAAGUGGUGUUAGAAAGUGAUUUUCAAGCUUGUCAUGGAAGUCAAAUAGCAGUUGUUGAGAGUGGAGCUUCCGGAUGCUCUCAACGUUCUUGUGACAAUACUGACAGAUCAUUCAAUAGGCGAAAGGUUGGCAAUCCAAAUAUUUCACGUGGCCAAGUAUGUGAUAACAUUGACAUGCCAAUUAAGAAACAUGGGAUUGGGAAAGGGUUAAUGGCAGUUUGGAAGGCAGUGAAUCCUGACGGAGGCGAUUUUCCUGGUCUUUUUAGCCUCAAUAAAUCUGAGUUCAAUGUUGGUAAACAAAUGUCAACUUCUGUUUGCCAAAAGAAAAACAUUCAUGAGAAGAAUUUACAGAAGCAGAAACCUGCAAAGAGAAAACGAGGAAAGGGAACUGCACUGAAAAAUAAGAGGAAGGAUCCAAUUAGUCGUACAAAGGCUCAAGAUAACAAAACCGAAAAGUCUAAGGCACCAAGGAAACAAAAAUGUGGACUUUCUUUGGAAGGACUGAGAUGUGAUUAUGAUCAAGGACAAUGCCCAAUGCUAGUGGAGGAUGAGGAGCUAGAGUUGAGAGAAUUACAAGCCGGACCUAAUCCACUAACAUGCAGGGCUCAUUUUAGUACAAAUGGAAUGCAUGGUUGUUCCCUUUGUAAAGAUAGAUUAGCUAAGUUCCCACCCAGUUCUGUCAUGAUGAGGCCACCAUUUCUUGUUCAACCAUGGGUUUCUUCCCCAGAGCUUGUGAAGAAGUUGUUUAAGGUUCUUCAUUUUCUUUAUACUUAUGCUGUGAUGAUUGAUACCUCUUCCUUUACACUAGAUGAGCUUGCUCAAGCUCUGGUAGACAAAGACUCAAUAUUACUUGGGAAGAUUCAUGUGUCCCUUCUCAAAUUCCUCCUCUCUGAUGUAGAGAUUGAUAUUAGCAGAAAGUUUCCCGCACAUGCGAGCAAAAAUUGCAACUUUAUGAAGUUGCUUCACUGGGCUGAACAUCGAGAGUCUAUAUUACACUUUUGGAAGAAAUCCUUAAAUUCCCUGACAUGGAUAGAGAUUCUGCAGCAAGUGUUUGUUGCAGCUGGUUUCGGUUCCAAACGUGGGCCAAUAUGCAUGGAUGCUGUUAACAAGGAAGACUAUGUCAUGUUUCAACAUGGCUUAAGUCCAGGUACUCUCAAAGGUGAAUUGUUUGAUAUUUUGUCUAAACAAGGAAAUAAUGGGACAAAAGUUUAUGACUUGGCGAGGAAUCCCAGGAUUGUUGACCUGAAUCUUGCUGCAACAAUUGAUGAACUGGAGAAUCUGAUUAGUGUCAUGCUUUCAAGUGACAUUUCUUUAUUUGAGAAGAUAUCAUAUGCUGCAUAUCGUUUACGUAAUACUUCCGUUGGGAAGGACGAUGAGAGUGAUCAGCUAUACAUGGAGGACUUUGGUUGUGUUGAUGAUGAGACAUGCAGCAGUAGUGAUGACUCUGAUCAUGAGUCAGAAGCGUCAGGUGCAAGAGCACUUGUGAGAAAGGGCAUGUUUGAAAGCAGAAAACAAUUGUCUAAGGUAUCUAUAGAAAUUGAUGAGAGUCAUCCAGGAGAAAUAUGGUUAUUAGGACUGAUGGAAGGGGAGUAUUCAGAUCUAAGUAUUGAAGAGAAACUGAGUACCUUGGUUUCAUUAAUUGAUCUUGUUAGUGCAGGAUCAAGCAUCAGAAAAGAGGGUUCAGUCAUGUAUGCUGCAAAAUCUGCUUCUAGAGUUGCUUCAUAUGGAUCAGGAGCAAAGAUAAAAAGAUCAUCUAGACAUGAUAAUAAUCCUAUGUUUGGUAGCCAAAACAGUGCAUUUCCUGUUAUAAGAGGAGAUCAUACAGAACUAGGGGUUCUCCCUAUCGAUUCUUCUGUGGACUCCGUACGAACUUGUAGUGAAACACAAAAUCUUGUAGAGUUGCAUCCCAUGCAGUCUAUCUUUCUCGGAUCUGACCGUAGGUACAAUAGAUACUGGCUUUUCCUGGGACCUUGUAGUACAAUUGAUCCAGGUCACAAGAGAAUUUACUUUGAAUCUUCUGAUGAUGGUCACUGGGAGGUGAUUAAUACGGAAGAGGCUUUGUGCAUGUUUUUGUCAACCCUGGACUGCAGAGGUGUCCGAGAAGCUCAUCUUCUCUCAUCACUGAGAAAAAGAGAAGCAUUUCUCUACCAGAAAAUGUAUAGUACAAUAAAUGAUACCGGAAACAGGCUGCUGUUACAAUCUGAUCAAUCUGACUUGACCAUGUCAAGAGAAGACAGUUCUUCUAUGAUCUCCGAUGCAGAUAAUAAUAUUAGUUUGAGCGAAACAAUGAAUGAUUUGGCUGCUCCAUCUGGUUCCAGAUUCCUUGGAACUGGGUACAAAGAACGUCAAAAGCCAAAUUUGUGUCAAUCUCAAGCUUUUGAUUCAUGGAUAUGGAGUACCUUUUACUGUGAUCUUAAUGCAGUAAAGUAUGGUUGCAGAUCUUUUCUUGAUUCACUCACUCAUUGUGUCUGUUGCCAUGAUCUUUAUUGGAGAGAUGAGAAGCACUGCAAAACUUGUCAUAUUACGUUUGAGCUUGACUUUGAUCUGGAAGAAAAAUAUGUCGUACAUGCAGCCACAUGUAGAGAGAAAGAAGAUACUUGUAUGUUCCCUAAGCACAAAGUUCUUUCACCAACGCUCCAAGCACUAAAGGCUGCGGCUUAUGCAAUUGAGUCUGUUAUGCCUGAAGGUGCAUUGGUUGGUGCAUGGACUAAAUCAGGGCAUAAGCUUUGGAUCAAAAGAUUAAGACGAACUUCAACCUUAACAGAGUUUCUUCAGGUUCUUGCUGAUUUUGUGGAUGCCAUAAAUGAGGAAUGGCCCAACCAAUGCAAUGUGGAGGACAUGCCUUCAAACAUGACACUGGAAGAGAUAAUUGCAUGUUUUAAGACUUUAUCUUGCACUACUUCAGCAAUUGCACUUUGGUUGGUAAAGUUGGACACUUUCAUUGCUCCAAAACUUAAAAGUGUGUAUUCCGAAAGAAAAACAAGACUUAGUUGCAAAUCGGGAAGGAGUGCCCGUGCCCACAACUCAUGACCGUUCCUGAGGAAAUGGAACUAGUCCAAGCCAAGUUGCUGCACUUUUGAAUUAGAUGUAUGAUUCUCAGGCCUCACAACUACAAAUGAACAUGGAGACUGAUGUUAAGUGGCAAAGGUUAGUUAAAACCUCUAAAAUAGCAUAUUUGAUUAUUCGGGAUGGUAUAAAAUACAAGGCGAAUGAGAUACACGAGGAUGAAGUCUCUGAUCAUAGUUGUUAUUAUCGUUCCAUUUUUUUAGCUUAUAUGCAGUAUUAUUAAUUAGUUCGAUAUCUUGAUCUUGACUAAGAAUGUACUGUAAAUAAUAACAUUAAGGGGUAAGUUCCGUUUUUGUUACAAGUAUAUGAGAAUUAUACCUCAGUACUAUAUACUCUAUUUGGCUAGUUAUUAUUAUUAUCUUUUGUGGCAGACGAUAGAUCAAUUGAUGAU